GGAGAGAAACGAAUAGGCCGCUUCCUUAACGGCAUCUCGUGAGAGCGAGAAAAAGAGUCGAUGGCCGUGCGUUGAGCAUUAUUUUUAGGUUUUGACUGAAGCAUGUCUUCUGAUCAAAAGAAGGAACUGAUACCUUAGUUGCUAUCUGCAAUGGAAAUUUAGCUGUCUUCUCCACCAUGAAAUCAGCCUGUGUUGGAGCAAGUAAACACUCAGUGCUUCCUCCCAUCAUCCCAGAGACUGAGAAGGAAUUUCUGGAGAGCAUUCAGAGUUAUAUCAUUUCAGAAAUUGAAAAAGUGGGCUGUACUAAGCAAGGACCAGCAGAGGACUAUUAUAUAAUAUACAGAAAUGUAUUUGAAAUGAUAAUUGAGCAUGUUAAUGCAUACAAGAACAUUCUGACUACAAUCAAGCAAGAAUAUGAUGCUUUUAUAGAAGCAUUAAAGGAGGGCCGGCACAAUGCAUUUUAUCUUCAUGGAAAAUUAAAAAUGUUAGCAUGUGAAUCUUCAACUUUAAUGUAUUAUAAGAAGAGAAUAACUCAGCUGGAAGAAAAAAUGAAAAGAAUUGAGAAGAAUUCUGCAAGAACUGAGAGCUUGAUACAGAAACUAAGAAGUUUAAGGUUAACACUCUCAGUUAAAGAAGAUUUAACCAAAGCCCAGAAGAUUAAUCCUGCUAAAAAAAUUCCAGGUCUUAAUUUGAAAGACUCCCUUGAUAUAGAUGUCCUCUCUAAGCACCUAGCUCAUCUACAAAAUAGGUUGAAGGAAUUGAAAGAAGACAUGUUGACAAAAUACAUUCCCAUAGAAAAUACAGCCAAUGUUGAGGAGGACAUGAAACGUGCUCUUCAUAAGCGAAAUAUGGCUGAAAAAGAGAAUGAGAGUCUGAAGCUUUGUUUUUAUCGGCUAACUCUGUUUGCAAAUGUGAUCACUAUCUGGGAAAAUACCGACAGGAACAUUGACACUCUGCAGCAGCUCAUCUUUCAGAUGAUAGAAAAUGAGAAACUUGCAAAAGAUUCAAUUGCUUCUAGUGUCUCAAGUGUAUUUGAACGUGAUCCUUCUAAAAGCAAAGAGGCAGAAGAUCUGAUUGAAUAUAUUGAAAGGUUCAAUGAACUGUUUUCCCGUUGUCAGUAUGAGGCCGCGGCAACAUAUGCAGCAAACUGCCCUAGAGGAAUCCUCCGCAAUGAAGAAACCAUGGAGAAAUUUAGAGCUGUUGGUCAUAUUAAAGGGAAGAUCCUCCCUCUGCUUUUAUACUGUGACGCACUCAUAACUACAACCAUUGCUGUUAAGAAGCGUCUUCCUGCAAAUUUGACCACUGAAGCCAUCAAAUGUGCUUUAGCUGAGAAACGAUUAGACCUGGUGAUGCAUUGGGUCACUUUGCACAAACUGGAAUUCUGUGAGGCUGCUGGUGAUGCAAUCUAUCAGUAUGCAGAGGUGGAUAAGCACAACAAGUCCCAGUGCCUAGCUUUGGCUCAAAUUGCAUACAGUGAGUGUGGAGCACACAAAAAGGCUGUUCUGUGCUUGUGCAAACAGGGCCAAAUUUAUGGAGCCAUGGAUUAUCUACAUCAUUUCCAACCACUUCCCAAAGACGAUUAUACCUUUCUACUGAGCCACUGUCCUCGUAUAGAUUUCAUCCGUUGCCUUACAGAUGAAUGGAAUGGGAAACCACCAGUCAUGUCCCUUGGGGAAACCAUCCUCUUGCUCAUCAGAACAGAACAUCGAAUCCACUGCAUACAGUUGUUGGAGGAUAUUGUCAAAAAGGACAAGAAUAAAUUGGAACAAAUGAUUGUAAAAGAUACCUGCAAUGUGGAAGGAUGGAAGGAGAUAGCUGAAAUAUGCCUCCAUGGCAGAAAAGAACAUUUAUUCAGAUUUAUCAUCUCUAUUCUUGGUACCCUGGAAGGAGUGGUUGAAAUUCCCAUAGAUGAUACAGAAGAUGCCAAAUUAAUGGAACAUGUGUUUUUGUAAUUUUCCCACAGAGCACAUGGAGGAGCUCUUUGUCCUAGGAGUUACUUAUGUUGGCUGAACAAGUAAUAACAUUACUUAACAUUAUUGCUGUUUUAAAAACUUAAUAUAUUUCAUACCAUGUACCUGAUUUCAUUGUGCAACAAUUGCUAGUCAUGCUUGAUUAUUUACGCUUAUUUUACUUAAAAACUGGUUUUUGAACUAAUUGAGCUAUGUUUACCCCUGAUCUCUUGUGCUUUUUCUUCCCUUUUUAAGUAAUUUGUUUUCUUCUAUUUUUUCUUGAAAUAGGUAAGUUGAACCAGUUGCUGGAGACACAGUUUUCCAUUCCCAAAAAACACAUUUAAUUUUUAAAAUAAUGUUGUUUUUAAGUUUAUACAUUUAGUGGCAAAAAUAGAAAUUAUCUCUGAUACACACAUGGACAGCUUAGCUAUACACUCAGUUAUUAUUUCCACACACUCUAUGAAUUGGAAUAAUAAUUCCUAGUUUCUCCCAUGGAAUCAAUAUUUUUUGCUCUAAUGGUUAUGUAACUUUUUAUAGCCUUUCCCAGCACGAUUGUUGGAUUAUAAAAGUUGUAGUUCCAACACAUCCAGGGGGUACCAGGUGGGAUUUAGGCUAUCUUAUUACAUAUAGAUUCAGCAUUAAUUUACAUUCAUGCUAUAUAUAAGUUAUUUAGAAAAUCCAACUUACACUAAUAUGUAUCAUUUUUUUUAUACCUCAGACUCUUAACUUGGUUACUAACAAGUUUAACAAGUUACUGAAAAUUAUAUCUCUAAAAUAAUUGCAUCUGAAGAUAUAUUUUCAUCCUUAUUGUAUAGCAUCUUUGUUCCUUCCUUUAUAGCAAGCAGGUGGUGUUUUUUAUUCCCAAGUUCCAUAAAACUACCAUGUAAGUAGGAAAAGGCCACAGUUCGAAGACACUGUGAAUUAGUUAAUGAAUAUUUUCUUGCACCCAUACCAGUUACAUUUCCCAGGAUUCUCUGACAGAAACAAACCAAGGAAAAACACAUGUUCAACAAGGUCUCUGCUCUUCACCAUAAUCUGCAUUAAGCAGGUUGAUAAAGAACAGCUUAGAGUUAGACAUGGAUUUUGUGAUAGAGGGCUGGGUAUCAGCAACCACGGUAGCAUGGCCCAACACUUACUUUUAUUUUUCACUCCCCCAUUCAAGCCCAAAUGUAUGUUAUGAGAAAUGCUAUGUUUGAAUGCCUUUUUAGUUCCCAAGAUUGUAGUGCUUUGUAUAUAAAGUAAUAAAGCAAGCCAAGGACGUUCUCACUCUGGGAAGCUGUAACUCUGUAAUCAUGUAUGCAGGGACCACCCUUGGGGGAGGGUAUUGAAGUGUGUGUGUCUGUGUCUGUGUGUAGAAAGAGAGAGAGACCCUCAAGGCAAAUUAAGUCCUUUAUGGCAUUGGAAAAGUAAAAUAUACAUAAAAAAGAAGCCACCGUCAAGCGCAGAUAGUCCCAUAAUUUGCUCCAAAAUGCUGAGUUUUGACCCCAGGCUGGGACCUCACCCAAAUUCCAUCCUGUCAUACAGAGAUAAAUUGCCAGCUCACUAGUACUUACUGUGUUCUCUCUAGGCAUCAUCCUAACUUUAGAGAGUUUUGUUGAACACCACCCAGCCACAGAUUCUCAGUUCCAUUGCUUCCAUUGGCUCAGAAAAUCACUGUUGGAAUCCUGUGUCACCAGGGAUCUGUAUGUAAUCCUGUUAAUGAAUUGAACAAUAACUGUGGGUUUAAAUUGGAUUGUCAUGGUUCACAGACCUUUAAUUUCUUAGAGGGCCUUUUUUUUAAGGAAAGGUAACCCGGAACAUUUAUUUAAGAAUAGAACAUACCAUAUGUGUGAUAUAUUUGUGUGUAUGUGUGUGUAUAGAGGGGGAAAAAAGUCUAGGCAAGUAAAUUUAGUAUCUUUAGAUGUAGCCAGACUAUUUGAAGAUAGGAGUCAUUUUGUAAAAAUGCAUGGCAGUUGUUUCCUAAUGGCUUAAUUUGCCUUGAGGCACACUAUACAUUCAGCUUCAUACCCUCCCCCAAGAGUGGUCCCUGCACAUAUGACUACAGAAUUACAGCUUGUGAAGCAACUGUGUGGGAGUCUCCUUGGCUUGUGCUACUAGUUUAUAGACAAGGCACUGUAAUCUUGGGAACAAGAAAACCAUUCGAACAUAGCAUUUCUCAUAAGAUACAUUUGGGCUUGUUUUCACAAAAUCUUUGAAAAGCAACAAAGUGGGAGUGAAAAAUGCAGUGCUGACACAAAGAAAAAUUCCCUAUUACAGCUGAUUUCCUAAGUUCAUAAUGCUGUCCAUUGAUAGGAGUUAAUUUAAAAUAAUAUUUUAAAAGGAACACACAAGAUGCCUAUACUUACAGGCCAUAAUAGGUGUUUAGUAGAAACCAAGGAUGAUCAUUAGUAGGAAUUUGCACUGAAUUCAAUAUUACACCUAGGAAAAUGUAUAUAGGAUUGCAGUGCUUUUAUUUACUUAUUUAUUACAUCCAUAACAUCAUAAAAUAUUAAACUCUUCAAAGUCUGUUGCUGUCUUCCAUUAAAAACUUACAUAUCCCAAAUGCCCUGGAGAAGAGGAUCGUUCUGGCUGCUUCCUAAAGGGUAGAGGCUAGGGUAGAGGCUAGCCUGUAGAGAGUAAGGAAGAUGACCUUGACGGAGAUAUAGAGGCUCCAUUGCCUAAGCAGAAGGGGCUGAAGCAUUUGUUAAAUCCAGAACUUCCAGAUAACAUUUGGAAGCAGCUCAGACAGACACCUCCCUCAUUUAUUGAA